AUGUGUCCUGGAAAUAUGGCCCACAAUCGCUGCGUGGAGUUGAAUUUUGGAUUCACGAACACACGAGACUUCACGGAUUAUGCUUUCGAGGCUAUCGAUUGGGCCCGCCAGUGGGCGUUCCAGAACAGACAAGUCAAUCGGACUGAAUUCAAGGUCGCAGCCUGGAAGGCCAAAAGUAGGGCUGACUAUGAAUUCAAAUUGGAGUCAAAGAAAGAGGGUGGUUUGGUCAAAGAUGGAGUGGAAUAUGACGAGUUAUGCCUAGUAAGCGAGAAGUGGUAG